GCUGAUAUACAGAGCGGAAGUGACGUCACAUGUCAAACCUGGAAGCGUGACAUUAAAACCGAAAUGAAACAAACAAACGAAAAUCGUUUCGGGAUUUUUUUCUUUUCUUCUGAUUUUUGGCGAAACGAGAAGCAAACGUCUGUUCAUCUGAAUUAAGAAUUAAGGUUGAGUCGUUUCUGUUCUGCUUUCGGGGGGAACAGAAGACGGAGAAGAAGAAAGGAUUUUAGCCGAGAUUACCGGAUAACACUGGAUUAAAGAAUUUCUUUGACUUUGGAUUCGUCAUCAAUAUUUAUCGUCUUUCAAAGACUAAACAAAAUUGUUACAGAGAACAGAUAUAUUCCUGUUCAUACAAAGAAGGUAAUAAUUCUUGUGGCUGAAGCAAAAUUCCUCUUUGAUGGCCAUUUUGGGUUCCUGUUAAACUUGGAUUACAAAAGAGUUGGCAACAUCUUCAGAUAUUGAGGAAAAUAAUAAGUUUUUGUUAAGAUUAAAGUUUUGUAAAGAUUUGCCAUUUGUGGUGAGGAAUGAGAAAUAACGAGAAACGAAAUAUGUGAUGACGAUGUGGAAUGCUGACGGAAUAUGUUGACUUGAAUGAGGAGAUGCCAAAGGAAAAAGAAAAGAAAUCACACGAAUGUGAUAUCUGUAAAAAGUCCUUUGGUCGAAACCACACCCUCACCAUUCACAAACGUAGCCAUACAGGUGAGAAACGGUUCCACUGUGAUGUCUGCGGUAAAGCAUUCGCAGAGAAGUACCAAUUGACCAAACACAUACGCGUCCAUACAGGGGAGAGACCCUACCAUUGCGACAUCUGUGGUAAAUCUUUCUCUCAGUCUACUCACGUAACUAAACAUAAAUUUAUUCAUACUGGAGAGAAACAAUUUCACUGCGAUAUCUGUGGCAAAUCGUUCUAUCAAAUCCACGACUUAACCAAACACAAAUACGUUCAUACAGGUGAGAAACGUUACCAGUGUGAUAUCUGCGGUAAAUCCUUCACCCGAUCUGACCAUUUGCUAAAACAUAAAACUGUUCAUACAGGUGAGAAACCAUAUGACUGCGAUAUCUGUGGUAAACCCUUCUCCCAAAAGGAACAGCUAAUCGCACACAAGCACAUUCAUACAGGUGAGAAGCCGUAUCAGUGCGUUGUCUGUGGUAAGAGGUUCUCUAGGUUAGGAGCUUUGACUAAACACAAAGGUGUUCAUACAGGUGAGAGGCCGUUUCAUUGUGAUGUGUGUGGUAAGUCGUUCCAUGAUGAAAACGGCUUAGCGAAGCACAUACGCGUUCAUACAGGUGAGAAACCGUAUCAGUGUGAUACCUGUGGGAAAUCGUUCUCACAAAAUCCUCACUUGACUGCACAUAAGCGCAUUCAUACUGGGGAGAAACCAUACGACUGCGAUAUCUGUGGUAAACCCUUCUCCCGGAAGGAACACCUGACUGCACACAAGCGCAUUCAUACAGGUGAGAGACCAUUUCAUUGUGAGGUGUGUGGCAAAGCGUUCUCUCAGAAAAACCACUUAAAUACACACAAAUACGUUCAUAAACGAUGUGAAAUGCUGACGGAACGUGUUGACUUGAAUGAGGAGAUGCCAAAGGAAAAAGAAAAGAAAUCACACGAAUGUGAUAUCUGUAAAAAGUCCUUUGGUCGAAACCACACCCUCACCAUUCACAAACGUAGCCAUACAGGUGAGAAACGGUUCCACUGUGACACCUGUGGUAAGCCAUUUGCUGAAAAUCACCAAUUGACCAAACACAUACGCAUCCAUACAGGUGAGAGACCCUACCAUUGCGACACCUGUGGUAAAUCGUUCUCUCGGUCUGACCACUUGACCAAACACAAACGCAUUCAUGCAGGUGACAAGCGAUUUCACUGCGAUGUCUGUGGAAAAUCGUUCUACCAAAAUCACGACUUAACCAAACACAAAUACAUUCAUACAGGUGAGAAACAUUAUCAGUGUGAUAUCUGUAGUAAAUCCUUCACCCGGUCUGACCAUUUAAUUAAGCAUGAAACUGUUCAUACAGGUGAGAAACCAUAUAACUGUGAUACCUGUGGUAAAUCAUUCUCUCGAAACGAACACUUGACUGCUCACAAGCGCAUUCAUACAGGUGAGAAGCCGUAUCAGUGUCUUAUCUGUGGUCAGUCUUUCUCUGAAGGGGGCACCUUGACUAAACACAGGCGUAUUCAUACAGGUGAGAGGCCGUUUCAUUGUGAUGUGUGUGGCAAGUCGUUCCAUGAUGAAAAUGGUUUGACUAAACACAUACGUGUCCAUACAGGUGAGAAACCGUAUCAGUGUGAUACCUGUGGGAAAUCGUUCAGUCAAAUGGCUAAUUUAAAUAAACACAAACGUAUUCAUACCAGAGAAACCACCUGAGGGAUAUUUUUGAUAAAUCAUUCUACUGAAACGGGGACAAGAAGACAUAAAAACAUUUACACUGAAGAGAAACCGUAUAAUUCUGAUAAAUAUGGAAAAUCUUUCUCUCCAAAGAGACAGGUAACUACACAUGUAUAUAUUCAGAGAGAAGAGCAACUGUAUUGAUAUUAUAAAUGUUUGAGUGAAAAAAAUAUUUUUGUAGCAAUAAAUGUCUUGACACAGCAAAGAAGA